AUGUCCUCAUCCUCAUCGCCUGCUACGGGGACGGCCCAUUCAUUCAACAAGAUUCUCAAUCAGCACAAGUUAUCCGCAAAGGCGCGCAGCACCGCUGAGAUUGAGGAGUCAACCAAGAAGCUGAGGCGGUUAAUCCUGGUUGACGGUAUUCCAUCGACUGUGGACGUAUCGUCGGACACGUUUCUCGCGUACGUUGCGCGAGGUCCCUGCGAAGUCCGAGAGAAGAUCAGGAAUGACACCUUCAGAACGUUAGCUACGGAUCGCGGUUUUAAGGAGCGCGUGCGCGAGGACAUGCUUGUACGACUACUUGACGCGUUUGUUUGGCGAAAUCAUGACAGGCAGGAAACGCAUCAUUUGGGUUUCACAUACGUGCAAGGAAUGAAUGUUCUUGCAGCACCAUUCUUGUACACCAUGCCGUCGGAGUUGGAAGCCUUCUUCUGUUUUGCCAAGUUCAUUGAAGAAUCGUGCCCACUAUACGUCCAACCUACUCUGGAGGGUGUGCACCGGGGACUUAAGCUACUGGACCGUUGUUUGAAGAUCGUUGAUCCCGACCUUUAUGCACAUUUGCGUUCAAAGAACCUGUCGGCAGAGAUCUACGCCUUCCCUUCGAUCUUGACUCUGUGCGCGUGUACGCCUCCGCUGGACCAAGUGUUGCAGUUGUGGGAUUUCCUACUGGCAUUCGGGGUGCACCUUAACGUCCUAUGCGUAAUCGCGCAACUGCUAUUGAUGCGAGACGAAGUUAUGAGUUCGUCCAGCCCUAUGCGCCUGCUGCGCACAUUCCCCCCACUUGAAGCACUUCCCGUGAUCGGGAUCGCAGUCACCCUUGUACGAGACCUGCCCACAGACCUCUAUGACGAACUUGUGCGGCAUCCCUACGCUGUGCAGGAUUAA